UCGUGACAUCCCUCUCUCCGAGGGUUUGUUUCUAUUUCUACAGUAGCGAUGGCCGUACCGUCCACUUCCUCACCUCCGCCGUCACCCUCUCCGUCACAGUCGCCGUCUUCGUCACAGUCGCCAUCGGAGAAUUUUAGUCACCUUCCAAUCAUGUCUCUCCGGAACAAAAUUGUGGAGAAGAUUAUGGAGAAUCGCGUUACUUUGAUUGUUGGUGAAACUGGCUGCGGGAAGAGUUCACAAAUUCCUCAAUUUUUGAUCGAAGCAAAUAUUGAGCCAAUAGUUUGUACACAACCUAGAAGAUUUGCUGUGGUGGCAGUUGCUAAAAUGGUGGCAAAAGCUCGAAACUGUAUAACUGGGGGAGAAGUUGGGUAUCACAUUGGCCACUCCAGAGUUAUGUCUGCCAGCUCUAAGAUUGUAUUCAAAACUGCUGGAGUUUUGUUGGAGGAAAUGCGAGAAAAAGGAAUGAAUGCUCUAAAGUAUAAAGUUAUUAUUCUUGACGAAGUGCAUGAACGAUCUGUCGAGUCAGAUCUUGUCCUUGUAUGUGUGAAGCAGUUUAUGAUAAAAAAUAGCGGGUUAAGGGUGGUAUUGAUGUCUGCUACUGCUGACAUUACAAGAUAUAAAGAAUACUUUAGAGAUCUUGGUCGAGGUGAAAGAGUUGAAGUUCUAGGAAUUCCUAGCUCUAGCCAGCAUACCUUGUACCAGCGAAGGGUCUCUUAUCUUGACCAGGUGGUUGAACUUCUUGAGUUGAGUUCAGAAUCCGCAUCUUUGAAAUAUUGCUCUGGAUCAAACCCAUCUGAAGCUGAAGCAACUAUGACUGAGCAAGUUCACAAGCUUAUACACAAUCUAAUAUUACACAUUCAUAAAAACGAACCGGACAUGGAGAAGAGCAUUUUGGUAUUCCUUCCUACGUAUUAUGCUUUGGAGCAACAAUGGACUGCUCUUAGUCGUUUUAGUAGUGCUUUUAAAGUUCACAUCCUACAUAGUAGCAUUGACACAGAGCAAGCUCUUAAUGCAAUGAGAAUCUGGAAGUCUCAUAGGAAGGUUAUAUUGGCAACAAACAUUGCAGAAUCCUCUGUAACAAUACCAAAAGUUGCCUACGUGAUUGAUUCAUGCAGAUCUCUGCAAGUUUACUGGGAUGCAACUAGAAAGACCGAGUCUUCAGAGAUUGUUUGGGUAUCUGAAUCUCAGGCUGAGCAACGCCGGGGAAGAACAGGCCGCACUUGUGAUGGGGAAGUAUAUCGACUUGUCACCGAAUCAUUUUUUGGCCAACUUGAGAAAUAUGAGACUCCAUCAGUAUUGAAGUUAUCAUUGAGGCAACAGGUGCUUCUUACAACUUGUGCUGAAUCAAGGGCCAUUAACGAUCCAAAGGUGUUGCUACAAAAGGUUAUGGAUCCACCAAGUUCUGAAGUUGUUGAUGAUGCACUAGAACUACUGGUCCAUAUUCAUGCUUUGGAAAAAACAUCUUCUAGAGGCCGUUAUGAGCCAACUUUUUAUGGACGAUUGCUUUCCAGCUUUUCUCUGUCUUUCGAUGCUUCCAUGCUUAUUUUGAAGUUUGGAGAAGCCGGGAUGCUACGUGAAGGCAUUAUAAUGGGUAUCUUGAUGGAUACACAGCCCUUACCAAUCAUUCGUCCCUUUGGAGAAGACGCACUGUUUUCUAAGUUCACUGAUGACUACUAUAAUCAAGAUGGUAAGCUCACUGGUUUGAUGGGUAGGAAAGAAGUGAUAUUCAUGGCAAACUUUUGUGCCUUUCAAUUCUGGCAACGUACUUUCCAGGAUAAUCGCCGUCUUGAGCGGUUGAAACACCUUUUGAAGUUUGAUGAGACAAAAGGUGCCGAAUUACUGUCAUUGAAGAUUGAAGAAGAGUGGUGCUUGUUCCACAAUCUUGUGCAGUCAUCACUCCAGCAUAUUACUAAUAUAUAUGAGAGUGUUCUUAGUUCCGUGCAUAGAUAUCGCCCUGCGUUUCUACCAACCUCUGAAGGUCUACCAGCUUGCUAUGAGCCCUAUGAAUUUCAGCAUACAUGUCUUCUUGCAGUUGAGCAGAACAAAGACUCUGAUACUCCUGGCAUUGACGAUGACCCCAGCAAUUCUAUUCAUGAAACAAAAAGAUGUGUAUCUUUGCCUUUUGUGGAUGCAAAUGCAUUUAGGAAGAAUGAGGUGGCUUUAAGCUUGGCUAAUUCGAUUAAAGAGAUAAGGAUUCGUUAUCUGGAAGAUAUAUCUGGCAACCAGCUGAUUUCCAACUCUUACAGCAGUGUAGAGGCUUCUAUAUGUAGAUUUUUUGUCAGUGGGACAUGCAACAAGGGAAACCAAUGUUUAUUUUCUCAUUCCUUAGAAGCUAAAAGACCUGUUUGUAAAUUCUUCUUAUCGUUACAGGGUUGUAGAAAUGGAAACUCGUGCUUUUUCUCUCAUAAUUCAGACCAGCUCUCCUUGCGAAAUAAUGAAGAAGAAUUAUGUGUGGCAGAAGAUGCAUCUGCUGAUGCUUCUCUCCUGUUGAGGUUAUUUCCUGCUCCAGAUGAUGGAUGCAUUCUUAUAUUUGACGACCAUGAUAUUCAAUUCUCUACAAGUUUUGCUCAAUUUUACAAGCCUUCAUCUAUAGUCUGCACAACCCCUUCAGUUAAGGCUUCAAAUGGCUAUAUCCAAGAUUUAAGAAUAAUUAGGGGACUCUCCCAUCCACAUGGAACUAUCAUUUCCAAAGCUGCGAAUAACAAAAUCCCAUGGCAAACAGUCAAGGAUGUUAUAUGGGUUCCUAAGUUCAGCAAUGAUGUCGAGGACUGGGAAGAACAGAAAGGGCUCAUUAAAAUGUUCUUUGACUAUCUUGCUAUCCGUAUUUUGGGUGAUUCUUUAUAUGAGGUCCAAGUUAUCCUUGUGAUGAACAACCUCCGAUUCGCUCAACUGCAGGUUGAAAAUAUUGCGCGAGAGAGUUUCUUUUACCUUAGAGAAUCAUUUGCAUUUGAUGAGUACAGCUUUGGGAUGUUGUCUGAUGGGGUCGCUAGUAAAAAGCCCAUGGUGGUCUCAAGCGCAAUUGUGUUUGCAUUCAACUUGCAUCCUCCUACUGAUAUUCAGUUUGGUGACUAUACCUCAGUUCUUCAUGAGCAGCUACAUAACAUAAGUUAGUAUGUGCUAAGGGUAGUUUUUGAUUGUAGGUUAACUUGUAAUGGUGCUUUUGUGGCUUGGAUUAGUAAUGUGAUUUUAACUCAUCGCUUCUAGGUGAUUUUUGCCAGUGGAAACUUUAAUCAUCUUUGAUGAUGGAACUUAUAUGUGAA